AUGCCCCUCGACACAUCCUCCUACUCUCUCGCCCUGCUGCGCGUCGACGGCCGGCGAUGGAACGAGCUGCGCCGGUGCCACGCCCAGAUCCGCACGCAGGCCGCCGCCGACGGGUCCAGCUACCUCGAGAUGGGCAACACGAAGGUCAUGUGCGUCGUCACGGGGCCGACUGACCAGCAGUCCGCACGGCGCGCAGGCGGUGGUGGAGGGGGUGGUGGACAGCGGUCCGAGCAGGACAAGGAGGCCGAGGUGGCCGUGAGCAUAGUGAUCGCGGGCUUCAGCAGCGUGGACCGGAAACGCAGGGGACGAGGCGACAAACGAAUCUCAGAGAUGCAAUCGACCCUCUCGCACGCCCUCUCCUCGACCCUGCACACGCACCUCUACCCCCACAGCACGAUAACCUUCUCCCUGCACGUCCUCUCGCAGGACGGCUCCCUCCUCGCGGCCCUGAUAAACGCCUGCACCCUCGCCGCCGUCGACGCGGGGAUCCCCAUGACCGACUACGUCGCCGCCUGCACGGCGGGGAGCACCUCGACGCACGCGGCGGGCGACGAGGGCGCAGACCCGCUGCUGGACCUCAACCACCAGGAGGAGCAGGAGCUGCCGAGCCUCACGGUCGCGACGCUGGGCGGGACGGGGGACCGCGUCGCCGUGCUGGUGUGCGAGAGCCGCGUGCAGGUCUCGCGGCUCGAGGGCAUGCUGGCUGUUGGUGUGGACGGGUGCAAGCAGGUGCGGCAGAUCCUGGACGCGUGCGUGCGGGAGCGGGGCGCGAGGAUGAUCCGCGAGGGGGCGGUGGAGAAGGGCGUUGGGGUGGAGGAGAUGGAGAUUGAUGGGUGA